AAUUAUUCAUCUACACUGAGAGAGUAAUUUGGUGGUGAGAGAAAUUUGGGAGAGAGAAAGAUGGAGGGGAUAGAGCACAGAACGGUGAAGGUGAACGGCCUAAACAUGCACAUAGCAGAGAAGGGUGAAGGUCCAUUGGUCCUAUUCAUUCACGGCUUCCCCGAGCUUUGGUACUCGUGGCGCCACCAAAUCGUCUACAUGGCGGCCCACGGCUACCGAGCGGUCGCUCCGGACCUCCGCGGCUACGGCGACACCACCGGAGCGCCCACCUCCGCCACCCAAUACACCGUCCUCCACCUGGUGGGCGACUUGGUGGCCCUCCUGGAUGCCAUAGCGCCCGAGGAGGACAAGGUGUUUGUGGUAGGACAUGACUGGGGUGCAUACAUUGCGUGGUACUUGUGUCUGUUUAGACCUGACAGAGUCAAGGCUUUGGUCAAUCUCAGUGUUGUGUUUUUGCCUAGGAACCCUCAGAGAUCUAUUGUUGAGACCUUUCGUGCUGCAUAUGGCGAUGAUCACUACAUUUGCAGAUUUCAGGAACCGGGAGACAUAGAAGGUGUAUUUGCUGACAUUGGUACUAAAAGAGUUCUAAAGAAAUUCCUAACAUUUCGGAAUCCGGAGCCAUUUUAUUUCCCUAAAGGUAAAGGAUUUGGGGAUUCACCUGAUACUCCAGUUAUCUUGCCAUCUUGGUUGUCAGAAGAAGAUGUUGAUUAUUAUGCUACCAAGUUUGAGAAGACUGGUUUCACUGGAGGAGUCAACUAUUACCGAGCUUUCGACCUAAACUGGGAACUUACUGCACCAUGGACGGGAGCUCAAGUGAAAGUUCCUGCAAAGUUUAUUGUGGGCGACUUGGACUUGACCUAUCACAUCCCAGGCGUCAAGGAAUACAUACAUGAUGGUGGUUUCCAGAAAGUUGUGCCAUUGUUGCAGGAAGCAGUUGUAAUAGAAGGUGCAGCCCAUUUUAUCAACCAAGAGAAGCCUGAUGAGAUCAACGAACACAUUCUGGACUUCUUCAGAAACUUUUGAUUUUCUUCUCUAUUUCAUGUGUGUUUCCUAGUUUGGAGAUUGUUGUGAUGAAAGAGUAUGGCUUAAACUGUGUUUCUCUAUGAAUCCUGACAGUUACUAUGAUGAAUUAGUGUGCAGCAUGUGCCAUACUUCUACUAGUUCCUGUAAUUCUCUCUCUAUGUAUGUGAGUGUGUACAACCGUUAUUAGAAGUCUGUAAAAUGUGGUAUCAUUUCCAUGGUUUGGAUCUUGAAAAUUUAAAGUUGCACUUAUUCUGAAA